AUGCUCAACCAAGUCAUGAGGAGCCGACGCACGUACAACCCCAGACAAGCGCCGGCGGCUCUGAAGCGUCAAAUCCGAAAGACAAAGGCUAUUGAGGAGUCCAAGGUAGAAGCUGAAAAGGGUGAGCAAAAUGUUAACAGGGAAAGAAGGCUGAUCACCUUUGGGUUGGUCCCAGCAGACAACCUAAACAAAGAAGCUCUUGUAUUACAAGGAGCUGGUAGGCGCAAGGGAGUAGCCUGGGUGAAAGCAGGCGGGGUGAAAGUAUCCCCUGCGGUGUAUCAAGCACUCACCAAUUGGACACCACCUAUCAAACCCAAAGCAAGUGCAAAUACCCGGGAAGCCAAUACCCAUCCAACAAUGGAAGCCCGCAAAGGAGCGGAUGCCUGCAAAGAAGCAGAUGCCCCUGAAAGCAAAAGGGAAGACUCACCCAAGGACACUCAAGAAGCAACUCACACAGCGCUCGGAGGCUCAGCUUCUCCUGAUGCAGCACAAAGUGAGCCGUGUGCCCUCAAAUCUCCCAAAACGCCCACUGGAAGGGAUACGGGCUUGGGUUUAGAGUUUGACCAAAGUGGGGCCACAAUCUUUGUGACGGCUUGUACUAGUCAAGUACUAGAGGACAGGAGUGAGGACAAGGAAUUGGCCGGGUUGGAACCCCAAUAUAUAGUAUUGAACAAAUCACCUAGUAACAACAGGGCAAUGGAACAGUCCCACGUAAGACAGGAAACCGGUGAAACUCAACAAGUAAGCUGGUUUGACAAAAUGAGAAAGGCAGACGUUGCACUGGAAACGGGAAGGGACUUACCUGAGCUCGAUAUUGAGUGGUACUGGGACCACUGGUCAAGGUCAGACUACCUUUUGGUAUCAGAGACAGAACAAACUAGCGAGUAUAGAAACGCCUCCAAAGGGGAAAACGUAAGAGUCAGCGCAAUAAUCUGUGAGGUGAAUGACGACUAUGUACUGGACAAUGAGGAAUACAAAGCAACCGUACUCAAGCUACAAGCCCUGGAACGUGCACAAAUGUUUGCGGAAUCACAAGUCCCAAGCCAGACAUCAGGAGCAGGACUGUCCGGAUCCCAACAAUCCCCAAGAGUGACCGUAGAGGAAAUAGUUGACAAAGACGCACCUAGAUAUGUCGUAAUAUCGUCAGACAAGGAGGAAAGUGAUGUACUAGAUGUCUUGAGGAAGGGUAAGGGCAAAGAACCCACCAGAAAAACCCGCCCCAGAUGCAGCUUGGGGGUAGCAAUUGAUGAAAUUGAACCGGUUAAAUCAGAUAUCAAUGAGUCUGAACGCCGCCAGUCAUCAAGAAUUACAAGCAUUCACCAAUCAGAGUACGUACCAGACGGGUUUAGGAGCGGCGGGUAUAUUGAAUCCAGAUAUGGCAAGGUAACCUCUGGAAGGGGAGACCAAAGCAACACCAGAACGGCUAAGAACGAGUCCAAGAUAGAAUCACCCAGGAUCUGGAGCCCCCAAGUGAACAAGACAAGAGCUUGCAGGACCAAGAGGAACCAUCGAACAACGCCCCCAGACGACUCCGACGGGUCCAAUGGGUCUGAUAGUGAAGCUUCAUCGAGUGAUACUGAAACCGAGAUUGCCAACGUGGACAACAACAAAAUCAGAAAGCUGUUGAAAAGGUUAAUCAAUGAAAACAAAAAGUUGAAGAAGAAAACCAACAAGCAAGCUCAAUUGGGCUACAAAGCCCAAGCUCCAAAGACUUACAAAGGUGAAGAACCAAAUUUAGAAGAGUACAAACAGUUCGUGUUUGACUAUGAUAACGGGGUAUACAAGACUGGAAUCUCUAGGGAGACCGCCGUUCAAAACGUUAGUUGA